AUGGACCAGGCGGGACUUUUGAAAUGGCUACUCUGGCAAGACGCCAAAAUCCUCCUGGGACAGGUUCUGGUCUUCACUUGCUUCCUAUACGGUGUCUUUUUGUCAUGCUUCGCUUCCUAUCUCCAGUUCAGCUACAAGGCGGAGAAGAGGCCGAUGCGGGCGUUGAUUUUGGCCGCUACUCUGGCAACCCUCACAACCAUCUAUGUCAUGCUCUUCAACUGUCGACUAUUCAUAGUCCGCAACGGCAAGAUACCCGUCCCCGAGGAUACACUGUGGACCGCGUUCAACUGGCCGCUUGACGGGGCUACUUAUGCGCUCGUGGUCGGCUUCUAUGCUCAUCGGGCUUGGAAUCUACAUGGCCGAUCGGUCUAUCUCGCCAUCCUGCUGUGCACUAUGAUCUUGAUCACCACAGCUGCCGCAUUGGGAGCCUCGGUCACCGUCAUGUUGUUCAUUUGGGUAUACGGUGACCCUCAUCCAGGCGGCAACAAAGCAAAAAUCUUCAACGCGUUCAACUAUGUCUUUAUCUGCGGGCAGAUGACCAGCGAUGUUAUUGUUAGCGGGCUUAUCGUGUACAAACUCCUCAAGCUUCGGACCGGCUGGAAAGAGACCGACUCUUUGCUCUCACGACUCGCCGUCCUUGCCGUCGAGACGCAAUUGCCUUCCACAAUAUUUGCCAUCGCCUUCCUUGUUGGAUUCACCCAGGUGAUCUCGGCAGAAUAUCUUUCACUGUUCAUGUGCUUUCCCCUGGUGUACACCUGCUGCUUCAUUGCGUCACUCAACGCGAGGAACACUCUCUCCGCUAGCCUGUCCAACGAGCUCAGCGCGGUCAGCAGCCAGAAGGAUCGCUCUUGGUCGACUGGCCGUUCUAUCCAGGUCACCACCGAGACCUCUACCGAUGCCGACACGAUUAUUACGCAAAAGAAACCGCUCAGGGGUCAUGGUCGCUUGAGCUCGGUCGAUUCGAACCCGAUGGAGAUGACUGCUGUCAAGAAUGCGUCGAGGGAGGGCGAGAUUGGCUUAGCGUAA